GUUGUAGUCGCAGAAUCGCUUAAAGGAAAGUGGCCCCCAAAAACCAAACAACAACAACAACAAAAAGAAGAAACACACCGAACAAAAAGCCCCUCAUUAUCAUCGUAGUUACGGGGUGUUCCGAGUGCGGAGUGCAUUCCGAGAUCGAAAACAAAACCGCCCCUCGAAGGAUACGCCGGUGCAGUGUCCUGACGAGACCCAGAGACCACCAACAACAGUGAGAGAUUGUCCUUUUUUGUAUUUGUUUACAACCCGCGGUCAGGUCUAGGGCCCCGCGCCCUUCGCGGUCUCCGUGUUAGUUUGUGUGGUUUUUCCCCGCCCCUCAUAGGCCCCCUUCAGCCGCACUUUGUGUUUGUGUUGUGCUGCUGCAAAGUGGACGAUGCCAUGGCAACACAUUGCUAAUCGAUGACGUGACCAAAAAACCACCAAACAACCAACAAAAUAACUCUCGGCCAACACCGCAAGGCUCUUCACAUUUUGGGAUAACACUGGGAUAAAGACCCUCAACUGAUUUUGACUGCAAAUUGAAGUGGCUGCAAAAAUGUGAAGCAGCAGAAGAGCAGCAACGAGAAGGAAUAGAUAAAAUAACAAGGAAAAAGAUAGGAAGGAAAGAGGGGAAAAAAAUCAUAAACAAGAAUGCUGAGGAUGCGAAGGCGACGCAGAUUGCAUUCAAGGAGCGCCGCACUAGGAUAACCAGGGAGAGGUGGAACUGGACGUCGACGUCGACGUCGAUGUGGAUGUGGAUGUGGGGAUGUCCAACGGAACACAAACAAUUGUUGGGGACAAACAAUGAGAACUAAUAAAGCACUUAAGCGGAUAGACGAGCAGCAACAAGGACAAGGACAAAGACAUUCGACUGGAAGGCAGCUCAAGGAGCAGCAACAGCAUCAAUCAAAAGCACUUUUCAGGACCCACUGGGCGUAUGAUCAACGUGAUUCAGAUUGAUAAACAGACAAUGGAGGAAUCGCCUCAAAUGAGACGCGAAAUCGGUCGCAGACGUCCCCUUCAGAUGCAGCUGCAACGGCCAGACGUGGGGGAGGAGGGGGAGCAGGCGAGAGAGGAUGCCACACCGCUGACAGCCAACGGUUGCACCACCACGGGCCUGACUGCCACCACACAGAAGCCACCAUCAACAGCAACGGAUAUGCAACGAAACCACCUGCAAAAGAUGCCAACGACAAGAACCACAGCAACAGCAACAACAGCAACAACGGCAACAACAGCCACAGCCACAGCAACAAUAGAAAAACCAACGAUAAAACCCACUCCAAAUACUCCAUCGCAAACGGCAGUAUCCUGCUGCCCGGAAACAGCACCAACUUCAAGAUUAAACUCUGCCUGGACAUUAAGGAUAUUAGCAAAGUGCGGCAGCGGCGGCGGCAGCUUCCACUCCAGACUGCUGCUGCUGCUCGGCUUAUGCCUGGCCCUCCUGGUGGGUGGCGGCCAGGCCGGAUUUGCCUGCCUCAGCAAUCCCUGUGUGUUUGGCGUAUGCAUCGACGGCCUGAACAGCUCGUACUCGUGCUACUGCAUUGAUGGCUACACAGGGAUCCAGUGCCAAACGAAUUGGGACGAAUGCUGGUCGGGGCCCUGCCAGAACGGCGGGACCUGUGUGGACGGUGUGGCCUACUACAAUUGUACGUGUCCGGAAGGAUUUUCUGGAUCCCAGUGUGAGGAGAACGUCGAUGAAUGCAUGUCGAAUCCCUGCCAGAAUGGCGGACAAUGCCGGGACCGGACCAAUGGCUAUAUAUGCACCUGCCAGCCGGGCUAUCUGGGGGAUCACUGCGAGCUGGAUGUGGCCGUCUGCGAUACGGGCACCGGGGCCCGUUGCCAGCACGGAGGUGAAUGCAUGGAGGGGCCCGGCCUGGAGUUCACCUGCGACUGUCCUGCCGGCUGGCACGGACGCAUCUGUCAGGAGGAGAUCAACGAAUGCGAGUCGUCGCCGUGUCAGAACGGCGGCGUUUGUGUGGACAAAUUGGCGGCCUAUGCCUGUGCCUGCCCCAUGGGCUACACGGGCAUCAAUUGCGAGGAGGAGAUACUCAUCUGUGCGGACAAUCCCUGCCAGAACAAUGCCCUCUGCCUCAUGGAGGAGGGUAUACCCACGUGCUACUGUGUGCCGGACUACCACGGCGAGAAGUGCGAGUACCAGUACGACGAGUGCCAGCUGGGGCCGCGUUGCAUGAACGGCGGCGUCUGCAUCGAUGGCGUGGACACCUUCUCCUGCUCCUGCCCGCCCCUGUUGACGGGCAUGCUCUGCGAGUGUCUGAUGGUGGGCGAGGAGUCCUUGGACUGCAAUUACACGGCCCCGGCCACGCAGGCACCAGCCACACGGGCCACAACCACGACUUCCACGCUGGCACCGCCCACGGUGCGGCCUGUCACGCCGCCAGAGACGACCCUGCCACCGCCCGUACCCGAAGAGCCCGUGGAGCCGCCCGUGGAGCCGCCCGUGGAGCCGCCUGUUGCCGCCACCACCGAAGCGCAGGCUGUCUCGGAGGAGGUUUCGGUGGAGAUUAGACCACUGACAAUGGCACCACCCGAGAGCGGUAGCCACAGUGUCUCCGUGGAGCAAACCACAGUGGGUCCAGAGGUGCCGGAACCAGAGCCGGAACCCCAGCCAGGAACUACCGCCACCCCGGGAGUGAGUGCUUCAGCUUCUGCUGGUUCCUCCUCUGAGGAAACACCCAGCAUCUACACCACUCUGCCGCCUCUGCCAGGUGCACCGCGCACCACAUCGUCUUCGGCGGAGGCCUCUGGGGAGGUCGUCGUCACGUCCGAGGAAUACACAACUGUCCCUCGCUUCGAGGUGAGUGCCAGCGGCAGUGGCAGUGCCAGUGGCAGCGAGGAAGCCACCACAGUGCGACCCACUGCCCCGCCCAGCAUCACCAUUGCCGUGGACUAUGCCUCCUCUGCCUCCUCGAGCUCGGAGUCGGCGGAGCAGCAGCCCAUGGGCACCACGGCGGGGCCGAUCUUUGUGCAGCGCGUGACGACCAUCGAGACGAGCAUCUCUGUGGAUUACGGCAGUGCCACGCCCACACCAACGCCCUACUAUCCUCAGGAGACGACGACAUCGCGUGUGGUGCCCGUGCCCAGACCCACCUUUGCCCCAGAGCCCCCGCUGGGGGUGGAGGAGACAACGUCCACGCACCACUUGUGGACAGAGGUCUCCACCACAGCGGCUCCGUUCUUCACGGAGUAUCCGGCAGAGGUGCUGAUAACCACCCAUCGGACCAGCGCUGGCAGAUUCACGACCGUCCAGCCACCAGUCCGCGGCACGACCAUCUCCUCCCCCGAGGAAUACGAGACCCCCUCCAUAGAGCUAUCCACGGUCCCCACGCCCCACAUUGUGGUGACCAUUCUGGACAGCAAUGCCACCAUUGCCACGCUGAUGACAACGACGGGAGGACCUCCAACGCAGCACCACCAUCAUCACCAUCACCAUCACGAGCACGAGACGACGGGGCUGCCGGGGGAGAUCGUGAGCACUCUGCCGACCCCCAUCGACGACGACGACUACCACCAUCACCACCACUACCAUCCCCAUCACACGCCGCAUGUGGUUGUGACCACGCCCCUGCCGGUGGAGAUUACCACGGCAGUGCCCAUGCAAACGGAGGAUCUGAUUGGAGUACAGCAGCCGGCACCAGAGACCACAGCGGAGCCGUACGUUCCGCCAGAGACAACGCUGCCGCCACCUGCGCCUCCCACAACCCUGAGACCCAUGCCUCUGCCGACCCUCAGACCUGUUUCGCCACCAACGGAACCGCCCACAGCGGCUCCCACAAUGCCCCCCACUGCAGCUCCCACCUUGCCACCCACCCAGCCGCCCGCCACCCUGCCACCGCCAACGAUUCCACCAACGCCGCCCUCCACACAAUCCGCACAAACUCUGCCGCCGCCCACACAGCACGCAGUCGAAGUGCCGCCGGCGCAGACGAGGCAGCCCGUCACGGAGAGCAGCGAGGAGGUCGAGGGCUCCAACACAGUGGCCAGUGGAGGACGUCCGGGUGCUGGUGUGCCCGAGGAGAAAGCCGGAGAUGUGGACUGCAUCAAGGUGGGCUGCUACAAUGGCGGCACCUGCGUAACCACAUCGGAGGGUUCCAGGUGCGUUUGCCGCUUCGAUCGCCAGGGACCGCUCUGCGAGCUGCCUAUCGUCAUACGGAAUGCAGCCUUUUCCGGGGACUCGUAUGUGUCGCAUCGCAUCUACAAGGACAUUGGACAGCACGAGGCCCUGGACGCCGUUCUGCCCAUGCACAUCCAGCUGAAGGUGCGAACAAGGGCCACUAAUGGUCUGAUCAUGCUGGCCGCCGCCCAGGGCACGAAGGGCGGUCACUACAUGGCGCUGUUCCUCCAGAAGGGACUCAUGCAGUUCCAGUUCUCGUGCGGAUUGCAGACGAUGCUGCUGAGUGAGCUGGAAACGCCGGUGAACACGGGCCACGAAAUUACCAUUCGAGCUGAAUUGGACUUUAGCCGGAAUUACACACACUGCAAUGCCUCGCUGCUGGUGAACGACACAUUGGCCAUGUCCGGGGAUCAGCCGACGUGGCUGAAACUACUGCCCCAGCGACUGCAUACCCCCGAGGCGAUACUGAACACAUGGCUGCACUUGGGCGGCGCCCCCCAAGCCCCGAUUGGCCUGAUUAUCGAGUUGCCGCCAGCACAAAGCGGCACCGGCUUCACCGGGUGUCUCCACACGCUGCGCAUUAACGGACAAGGGCGCGAAAUAUUCGGCGACGCCCUGGACGGCUUCGGCAUUACGGAAUGCGGCUCUUUGGCCUGCCUGUCGAGUCCCUGCCGCAACGGUGCCGCCUGCAUCAAGAUCGAAACGAACGAUCUGGAUGAGAACGGGGAGAAGGCGGAGAAGUGGAAGUGCAAAUGCCCCACAGGCUACAUGGGACCCACCUGCGAGAUAUCCGUGUGCGAGGACAAUCCUUGUCAAUAUGGCGGCACCUGUGUGCAGUUCCCGGGCAGCGGGUACCUCUGUCUGUGUCCCUUGGGCAAGCACGGACAUUACUGCGAGCAUAAUCUCGAGGUGGCUCUUCCCUCCUUCUCGGGCAGCGUCAACGGUCUGUCCUCUUUUGUGGCCUACACGGUGCCCAUUCCCCUGGAGUACUCGGUGGAGCUGAGCUUCAAGAUCUUGCCCCAGACGAUGUCGCAGAUCUCCCUGCUGGCGUUCCUGGGCCAAUCGGGCUAUCACGACGAGAAGAGCGAUCAUCUGGCCGUGAGCUUCAUACAGGGCUACAUCAUGUUGACCUGGAAUCUGGGCGCCGGACCGCGUCGCAUCUUCACCCAGAAACCCAUCGACUUCCGGCUGGACGCGCCCCGAGUGCCCUACGAAAUAAAAGUGGGCCGCAUUGGACGGCAGGCCUGGCUCUCGGUCGAUGGAAAGUUCAACAUCACAGGCCGUUCGCCAGGCAGCGUCAGCCGGAUGGAUGUCCUGCCCAUCCUCUAUCUGGGGGGCCACGAAAUAGCCAACUUUAAUACCCUGCCACACGACCUGCCGCUGCACUCGGGCUUCCAGGGCUGCAUCUACGAUGUCCAGCUGAAGGCCGGCGCCGUGACAGUGCCCCUGCAGGAGACGCGAGGCGUCCGCGGUCGAGGAGUGGGUCAAUGUGGCACCCGGGAGUGCCACCGACACGCCUGCCAGCACGACGGCGCCUGUCUGCAGCAUGGAGCUACCUUUACUUGCAUCUGCCAGGAGGGCUGGUAUGGCCCGUUGUGUGCUCAGCCCACGAAUCCCUGCGACUCGUUCAACAAUAAAUGCUACGAGGAUGCCACUUGUGUGCCUUUGGUGAAUGGCUACGAAUGCGAUUGUCCUGUGGGACGCACCGGCAAGAAUUGUGAAGAGGAGAUCCGCUCCCUCAGCGAUGUCUCGCUCACCGGCAGACGCUCCUAUUUGGCCGUUCGAUGGCCCUAUCUCUACGACGCCGGCGACAAGCUGGGCGCCAAGCGCUCCCAAAUGGUUAGCUAUCGGAAUUUCACCAAGAAACUGAUGCCCCCGAAGCCCAUCUCGACGCCCAGCACGCACUUCGUGAUGAAGCUGCUCAAUGAAGUGGAGAAGCAGCGCAGCUUCUCGCCAGUGCCCCUCAUGGGCUCGAAGACCUUCGAGGAGCACCAUCGCGUGCAGUUCUUCUUCAUUGAGUUCCAGCUGCGUCCGCUGUCGGAGCGGGGCCUGCUCCUGUACUUCGGGACGCUGAACAACAACCAGGACAAGAAGAUCGGCUUCGUUUCGCUCUCGCUGCAGGGCGGCGUCGUGGAGUUCCGCAUCUCGGGACCCAGCACUCAUGUCACAGUGGUGCGCAGUGUCCGGAUGCUGGCCAUCGGCGAAUGGCACAAGAUCAAAAUGGCCCAAAGGGGCCGCUGGCUAACCCUCUGGGUGGAGGGCAGUGCCUCCUCGGCACUGGCCCCCUCGGCAGAGGUUCUAGUCGAACCGGACUCGCUCCUGUACAUAGGCGGACUCAAAGAUGUCUCCAAGCUGCCGCAUAAUGCCAUCUCGGGCUUCCCCAUACCCUUCCGUGGCUGUGUUCGCGGUUUGGUUGUCAGCGGCACAAGAAUUGUUCUCAACGAAACCAAUAUUCUGGAAUCUCGUAAUAUCCGGGACUGCGAUGGCACUGCCUGUGGCGGCGAUUCCUGUGAGUCUGGCGGACACUGCUGGCUGGACGAGAAGCUCCAGCCGCACUGCAUCUGUCCGGAGUAUGCCAAGGGCGAUCGCUGCGAAUAUUCCGAGUCCUGCAAGCUGAUACCCUGUAAAAACAAUGGCCGUUGCCUGCGCAGCGGACGCUGCUCCUGUCCCAAUGGCUGGGGCGGUUUCUACUGUGAAAUUGCCAUGAGUAAACCAACAACACCGAGCUUCCGUGGCAACAGUUACCUGAUCUUGCCGCCACCGCGCAUACCCAUGAAAGACAAGCGGCGCGGACCCUCGCUCUAUGUGCGACCCCGCGAAGCCAUUCAAAUCAGCCUCAAUUUCUCCACGAUCGAGCCGGACGGCCUGCUCCUCUGGAGCGAGCACGAUCGCCGCAAGUUCUUGGGCCUGGGCCUGGAGAACGGUCACCUGAAGCUGGCCAGCAAUCUCCUGGGCAGCAACAACGACACGGUCCAGGCCCCGGCCAGUGGCUUCAUAGCCGAUGGCGCCUGGCACUGGACGAGUGUGCUCUUGGAUCGCACUCGGCUGGAGCUGCAGCUGGACGGAGAGGUGAUCUUUACGGAACGAUUGCCGGAGGGCAACGUCAACGGCAACGGCAACGGCAACCGGCGGGAUGGGGCAACAACAACAACGACAACGCAGGCCACGGCAUUGGCCAACAGGCGAAGAGCAGCGGGCCAAGAGCCGACCAUUAGCUAUGAGGAUGUCUUUUAUUUGGGCGGCUUUCCCAAUCUGGAUUCGGUGACUAAGCGCACCCAGGGGCGCUACUUUGAGCCCUUUAAGGGCUGCCUGCAGGACAUACAGUUCGGGGCCGAACCAAAGGCCAUUAUCAGCGAUUUCUCGGCGUACCAGGGCGAGAAUAUUGGCUCUUGUGAUCUCCACGGUGAUGAGCCGAUUGUUGUAUAAAAAACAAAUAAGAAACGAGUAAAAAGUAAUCAAAAAAAAAAGAAUAACGCGAUUAUUGUGAAUUUUCAUGAUUCCAAAGUACGGGAGAAUGAGCAAAACCGAAGAAAAGACGAGAGAGAGAUGAUGAUGAAGAAGAGAGAACUACUUGUAAGCUAAGUGUUAAGACGAGAAUAUAGAGAAAAUGGGGAGAAUCGAGAGCGACAGCGAUUCCCCGGGCAUCAAUAUACACAGUUUUUGGGGCAAAAGCUAUCGAUUAAAGAUCGAUUGAUAUAAAGACAAGAAAAAUGGAACGUAAUUUUGUAAAUUUUAUAGAAAUAAAAACUGAAAAAAACUGAAAAAAAGACAAAAAGCUUAGACUUAAAAAAA